GGUCCCUGUCGCGGCCUCGGGCGGGACCCGCCGCUCGUGCCCGCCCCUUCCGGCGCGGCGAUGGCGGAACCGGCCGGGCCCUUCCACCUGCUGCGAGCCGGGCCGGGCCGGUUCCUCUGCUACUGCCGGCCCGGCGGCGCCGUCUAUGUAACCGACGCGAUGGAGGUCUGGGCCGGGGACCUCGGCGACUGUCCGGCGUUUGGCUGCCGGUGCCCGCCGGAGGAGCACGGCGCGAUGCUCAGGGCCGCCCUGGGACGCGGGGCCGCUGAGCUGAGCCUGGGCCCGGGUUCGGCCACGCUGCGGAUGCCGGAGGAGCCGCGGUGCCCGGCCCUCGCCCUCGCCCAGCUGCCCGCCGCCGAGGCGCGCAGCCAGCUGCAGGCUCUGGUGUUCGGCAUGGCCGGCUGCAUCGAGACCUUGGAGAGGCGCCUGGAAGCAGCCGUGGAGACGCUGGCAUCUUCCUGCAGCCCUCAGAAGAAUACUGCCCGGAGCCAGCAGCUCUUCCUGCCAGACCCAAGCCCCAGGAAGAACAGGGCUGCUGGCUCAGCUUUGCCAGCCAAAAGGAAGGUCCCAGGAGAGUCUCUCAUUAACCCUGGUUUCAAAAGCAAGAAAGCACCAUCCGGAGUGAAUUUCGAGGACUCCUGACUGGUGCUGUCCUGUGCCCCGAUGACAGCCCUGUGGAGCCCUAUCAGCAUGUGCUUGGGUGGAGGAGAGGGUGCCCUGUGUCUGGGGCCUGCUGAGCCCCUCAUACCCAGGAGGCAACAGAGCCAUCAGCACGUGGCAGCUGACCCUCCGCUGGGGUGGUGGCAGGGAGGAGAUACCAGCGGUUGCUUUCUCCCCAGCAGCUCUUCCCUGCUGGCAGGGGCCACCUCUUGACCUCAUUUUCCAUGAAUUGGUGAGGUUUGGAAAGGGACUUUUGUAUCACUGCAGAAUGGAAGGAUUGCCUGUGCUUAUCUUCUUUCCAGUAAAGGUGUUUUUAGCCAACCA